AUGGAAGAAAUUGGUAAUGAAUACUUCCUUGAUCUAGCAUCAAAAUCGUUGUUCGAGCAAUCAAGUGAUGAUAAAUCAGGUUUUGUAAUGCAUAAUCUUGUCAACGACUUGGCAACUUUUGUAUCUGGACAAUUUACCUUUAGAUUGGGGGUUGACUAUUCUCAAAAAAUUGUGGACCAGACUCGCCAUUUUUCGUAUGUCAGAAGAAGCAGAUAUGAUAACUUUAAGAAGUUUGAGUCUCUUUGCGAGACUAGUCGAUUGCACACAUUCCUACCAUUGAAGUUGUCACCAGGCUACAAUUUCUUCUUGUUAACUAAAAGAGCACCACUUGAUCAUUUAUUGCCAAAGCUAAGAUACUUGCGUGUGCUCUCUCUAUCUCACUAUCUAAAUAUGAUUGAGUUGCCCGAAUCAAUUGGCAAAAUUAAGCAUCUACGUUAUUUGAACCAUUUUUCCACUGGAAUUAAAAGGUUGCUUGAUUCUAUAUGUAAGUUGUGUAAUUUGCAAACAUUGAAUUUAUCAGAUUGUAAAGAUCUUUCUGUAUUGCCAAGAGAGAUGCGAAAACUCAUUAACUUACGUCAUCUUGAUAUCAAUGGAACUGCCAUAAAGGAGAUGCCAAUGCAACUGGCAAACAUAUAUAGUGGGGCUUCCAUUGAAGAGUUGAGGAAUCUUGCAAAUCUUCGAGGAAAGCUUUCUAUUGUAGACCUCCGAAACGUUGUAUCUCCUACAGAUGCUCUGAAAGCAUGUUUGAAAGAUAGGAAGUACCUUGAGGAGUUGAUAUUGGAAUGGAAUGCAAUGGAUGCUAAUAUUUCAGAAUGUCAAAUAUUUGUACUUGAUAAUCUUCGGCCCCAUAGUCAUUUGAAAAGUCUCACUAUCAACAACUAUGGCGCUGAAAGUCUUUCAGAUUGGGUUGGGCAUCAUUCAUUUUCUAAUAUAGUGUCCCUUCACCUAGAAAAUUGCAAAAAUUGUCACAACUUGCCACCACUUGGGCAGCUACCUUCUUUGCAAGACCUCUCUGUUGUUGGGUUUGAAGGAGUUGUUAAAGUGGAUCAUAAGUUUAAUGGCAGAGAUUCUUCAACAGUUAAACCAUUUGAAGCCCUUACAAUUCUAAGGUUCGAGCAAAUGUUAAAUUGGGAGGAAUGGUCCUCUUUUGGUGUCGAAAAUGAAGAUGGAGCUUUUCCUCAACUUGAAAAGCUUUAUAUUGAUAAUUGUCCUAAGUUAAAAGGAGGGCUACCCGUCCAUCUUCCUUCUUUAGCAAAAUUUGAGAUUUAUAAAUGUCCUCAGCUAGUAGCUUCACUCCCAAGGGCUCCUGUUGUAUGCGAAUUGAAGCUAGGAGAUUGUAAUGAGGUUUUGUCAAAGGAAUUGCCAACUAAAUUGCGAAAGCUCGUAAUUAGAGGAUUUGACGCACUUGAGUCCCUUCCCAAGGGAAGGGUGGCCUCCAACAAUUGUCUUCAAGUGUUAGAAAUCAGGGAAUUUUCGGAACAACAUGAACGUGAUUUAGUGACCUUGUGUAUUAAGAUCGGUCAUUGCCCCAAUUUUGUAUCUUUUCCAAAAGGAGGAAUUCGUGCCCCCGACCUUUCAUUCUUUAAUGUCUCCAAUUAUGAGAGUCUGAGGUCACUGCCAGAGAAGAUGCAUAUACUCCUUCCUUCUCUUGAUUAUAUUAAAAUAAUUAAUUGUCCAAGAAUUGAGUCAUUUUCCGAAGGGGGCUUGCCUUCCAAGGUAAAAUCUAUGGAUGUCAAGGGAUGUGACAAACUCUUUGCUAGACGGGCGGGAUGGGGUUUGCAAAAACUCCCAUCUCUUAGAUAUUUUUCAGUCGGUGGCAAAUAUGAAGACGUGGAGUUCUUUCUAGAGCCAGGGUUGCUGCCUUUUUGUUUGACUCAGCUUCAUAUCAGUUCGUUUCCAAAUAUGAAAUCUUUGGACAAGAAAGGGUUUCAAGACCUCACCUCUCUUCAAGAAUUGACGUUAUGGGACAACCCUAAGCUCGAGUACAUUCCAAAAGAGGGGUUGCCUACCUCCCUGUCUAUAAUAGAGAUCUACAAAUGCCCUUUGUUGAGGAAACGAUGGCAAAGCAAGAAAGGAAAAGAACGGCGAAAGAUUCCGGAUGCCGAUCACAUAUUGAUUGAUAAUAAAGAAUUUAUUAAAUGA